UUAGGGAAAAGGCCUCCUUUCCAAAGUUUAUGCUAAAAUCGUGUGAAAGGAGACGAAGAAGACGAAGAAGAAGAAGGAUGUCACUCGUGGAUUACGCUUCUUCAGAUGACGAUGACGAAUCAGAGCUUAAAGAUGAAGGAGAAGAAAUGAAAGACUUGAAAUCCGUACAGGAUAAACCAGAUUUUCCAAAACUUCAUGUGCAUCCACCUCCUAAAACCCAAAGAUUCUCAUCAACAACACCUAAACAGUCAAAUCCCGAGCCUUCUGUAGUGAAGCUUCCCGAUGCUUCUAUGCUAAUGAACUCUCUGGAUUCUCCAUCUUAUCCUGCAAAUUACCCAUGGGUUUCAGCUGCUGUGACGCGCAAGAGAGAUGCAUCUGGAUUUGGUUCUUCAUCUUCUUCUCUUAUGCAUGGAAAAAUUCCAAAAGCCACUCCAGUUCAUUCAAAAAGCAUUCCAGAUACUAUAAGAGGUCAAUUAGUUCCACCUCAGGUUAAAGGAAGGAGCAAUGUUGUGACAGAAGACAUAGGGAAACUUUUUGUGAGGAAGAAGGUUGAAACGUCGACUCAAUCUGUCUCAGAUCAGUGAUUUCUUUCUCUUUGUUGUAGCUUUCUUGUACAUGAUAUCUAAGAACAUGGUAAUAGGAGGAGGAUUGAUUAUACAUUGUGGAAGUUUUUCAUUUGAAUGUUACCUACCCUUUUGGAUCA